GAACAAGACCUGCACGAAGCAUUUCUUUCUUGCAAAACUUAUGCCACAGGAGAGUAUUCGGGGACAACAGAGAGAAUGAGAAUAAACCGUAUUAAUAAACCGGCGAAUUGACCAAAAAAAAAUGCAAUUAGAAAAUUGUAGCGGUUGCAUACAACUCGAUCUCACGUCCCACGGGAUAUAUAAGCUUUACACCGUAGAGCUUCGGAGACACCGAGACGCCUAUUUCUAUUCCGAUUUCUACUCCUCCCUCGACUCAAUACAAUCUCUGACCUGUGUUUCCACCCCCGACCACGUUCCCCUUCUCCCUCGCCCAUGUCGAUGGCCCCUUCGACCUCGGCAGCUGCGGCUAGGGUUUCGCUGGUGCUCUCGCUCCUCAUCUUCGCGUCCUCGAUCUCGGUCUCCUCCUCCUCCUCCUCCUCCGCAUCUCCCAAAAAGAUCCUCGCCCACGCGUCGGCGGCGGCGACGGCGGGAGGGGCGGAGUGUCGGGAGCUGGGGUCGAGGGAGGAGUGCGCGCGGAGCCCGCGGCGGUGCCGGUGGUGCCGCAGCGACGCGAUCGACGACAUGUGCUUCGGAUCCGCCGAGGCGUGGCGCCUCCCCCACCAGGUCUUCUCCUGCGAUCCAAUUCCAGUCGCCGCCGCGUCCUAGUUCCUAGUAUUCCCCUCUCCUCUCUCCAGAAGCUUCUAUUUUUUUUUUUUUCUUUUCCUCUAAUUUCUCGUACUUGCUUCGAUCUGAGUAGCCUCAAUCUCCUUUUGAGCUCCCCUGUAAGAAAAAAGGAAAAAAAAAAAAAAAAACUGGUAUGUGUGUAUGUGUUCUUUUUUUUUUUUUUUGUUUUGUUUUAAUUAUUUUUACACGGAUCUGCAAUUGGAAAGUACAAAGAAAAAAAAAGAAAAGGAAAAAAAAAAGCCUGAGUUAGGGAUUAGGAUUCGUUCACCACCUUAUAGAAGAGAGGCACGCUUCUGAUGCUCUGAAUCAGUUUAUGGUUGAUUUA